AUGGAAAUUCCCAUUCAAGUUGCUGUACGCAUAUGUCCCAAAGAUUUGGAGGACGAAGACAAAAAAGAAGAAAGUGGCACAGAGCCAGAAUUUGAAAAUGUUGACGAUGACAAUGGCAAUUUAUCUCAAAAAGGGAUUAUAACGCAGCCAGCGAUCAAUGCCUCUAAGGAAGAAGUGGAAGAACGAAAAUGUUGCGUAAGAGUAAAACCCUUUACCGGAGGCCUGCCAGGACCGCCGCCACCCGGUUGCAUGGAUCCACCCGAUGUGGUCCAAGUGGGACCCCAUUCAUUUCCUGUUACUCAUGGCCUGUCAAUGGGUUGUACACAAGCCCAGAUUUACUAUCAAACUGUCAUACCUCUGAUGACUCUCUUUAUGGAGGGCUUCGAUGCCUCGGUGGUGGCUUAUGGCCAAAAAAGCUGUGGCAAGACAUACGCACUAUACGGCAAUGGCUUCCAUGAGAACUCAGAUGAAAACAAUCAAGGAAUUGUGGCUCGUUGUGUGGCGGAAAUAUUCCAACACAUUGACAAGCAUCCAGAACGUAAAUGUGCGGUGAAUAUAACCUGGAUAGAGAUAUACCGAGAAAUUAUACGCGACGUCUUUGGGGUGGGCAGUGUGCAGUGUAUGUCAAAAUCCGAUGCCUUCCAUUGGCUGCAGGUGGGCUAUAAAUUGUUGAAUAGCACCAAAACCCAAAUGGGCCAUUCACUGUUUAGCAUUACCUUGGAGCAAAGAUGGAUUAACAAGGAUGGCUUAAUACAACAUCGCCUUUCCACCGCCAGUUUCACCGAUUUGGGGGCCACAGAGAGGGUGUUUAUGCUGAAUGCCUUGGGCCAACCCUCGAGUAUGCCCAAGGACUUGGGUUUGCAGGCAUUGGAGUGUGUAGUCAGCACUCUCAUAGACCCGGCCCUUAUGUUGCAAGGAUACGAAAAUGUACCUUACCACCAGACAUUGUUGACCACCAUGCUGAAGGACUCAUUUGGUGGGCGAGCCCAAACCUUGGUCAUUGUAUGUGUAUCGCCCUGGGAGGAGGAUCUCAAUGAGACAGUGGCCAACAUGCAGUUUGCUUUUAAGGUACAGUGUGUUCAUAAUUUUGUGGUCAUUAACUCUUAUUCGGAUGACAAUACUCUGGCCACUGUGGAGGAGAAUAUUUGCGAAGCAUUGGAUGAGGACAUGGAAGACAUUGAGGAGCAGCAGCUAUCACCUCCACCCAAGAACCAAAGCGAUCAGUUUGCCUUGCAGUUUGCGGCCAAUCAAUGGUCCAAACUGGUAGCAAAUGCUGAAGAUUUACUUUCCAAAUUAAUUUCCUCCAAUGCUAUUGGUGAGCAGGAGAAACAGCAAAUCGAAUCUUGGCUGAUACAGAAGCAGGAGUGUGACGAUUGCCUAAAUUCCAGCGACUCUCAGCAGGAAGAGAACUCUUUGGGACCCAUACAAGAGGCAGAUGAGCCAACAGAAGAUAGUGAUCCCGAUGUAAGUGAACCCGAGACAUCGCUGCCCCAAAAUUCCGAAAAUGACUCGGAUGGCGGUGUUGUACUCAUGAAAAAUGGCGAAAAACUCCAGACGUUAUGGCAGAAAUUUGAGUUGAAAACAAAUGAUUUGAUUAAAAGAAACUAUGGAGAUUUUAUGGAAAAUCAUACUAAAGCUCAAGAGAGAGAACAAAUGCCCAACGAUAGCCCACCAUCUAGUUUAAGUGAGGCGAGAAACCUUGGGCGGGGUCCUCAACGGGGACGCCGAGGUUCUAUACAACCAGGAUCGACUUUAUCCAGUGUUGAAAUGGCCAUGCUUAAGCAUUUGGUGGCACGAGAACAAUUCGCUGAUAAAGAAGAUGCCUCAGAUAUCAGGCCACAGCAUGAGGAAUUUUUGUACGAGUCCGGCAAGCAAAGUAACUCGGCCUUAAAGGGCAUGAAGAAGAAGAUGCGCAAACUAGAUGCCAGUAUUGAGGGCAGAAUGAAGCAGAUCAACGAAAUCCAAGAGACGAUUCAACUUAAAGAGAACAUCAUAACGGAACUAAUCAAAACCAGUGAUACCAGAUCUACUGCCAAGCAAAAAUUUCAAAAGAAAAGGACCAAAAUGCAGGCAGAGUACGAGAAAUCCAAAAAAGCUUUGGACAAGGCUUUGGCCCAGCGAAGAGAUAGAAACGAAGUGAGACAGCUAAAGGCUAACGUGGCGCAAUUGGAACAACGUUUGAGUGAUGUCACCUCCAUAAAACACAUUGCCGGCGAUAGUGAGCAAAAAGUUAAGAAACUACAGCAGUCCUUGAAGGAAUCAAAAACUCUGCUGGAGAAUCUGCAAAAGAAAGUGGAAAAGGAAAAGUCAAAAAAGGAGGCCUUGGAAUUGCAAAUUAAAUCGAUGGAGUCAAAGGAAAAUUCAAACACCACCAAUGACAUACGAGAAGACGUUAUUCCUGAUACUGGCACAAUACAAUCACAGCUGAAGCAUUUAGAGGAGAAAAUCGAUCACCUCCAACCUCAAGGCGAAGACUUGCGCCAUGAGAUACGUAAUCUACGAAAAACCCGUGACCACUUACUAGAACAAAGAUGCUCAUUGGAUCGCAAAUUCAAGAGUGAAAAAAGCCUAAGCCCCAAGGAGGAACGCAAGCUGCUCGAAUGUGAUGAGGCCAUAGAGGCUAUAGAUGCAGCCAUUGAGUUCAAAAAUGAGAUGAUAUGUGGUCACAAGUCCAUUGACACCAGUGAGCGUUUGCAGCGUGAAAAAGGCGAACAAAUGCUCAUGGCCCGUCUCAAUAAACUAUCCAGUGAGGAGAUGCGUACUUUGCUCUAUAAAUACUUUACUAAAGUUAUCGAUCUAAGGGAUUCGUCGCGUAAAUUAGAAAUCCAGCUGCAGCAGCUGGAGAGGGAAAAGGAUGCUUGGGAAUGGAGGGAGCGUGUGCUCUCCAAUGCUGUGAGACAGGCUUAUUUAGAAGGCGAACGAAAAACGGUGCUCUUACAACGGCAGCAUGAAAUGAAAUUGACUCUUAUGCUGAGGCACUUGGCUGAGGAAUCGUGCAAUAGCUCUGCUUCAUUUUCGGAGCAUUCAUUGUCGCCGGUGUCCAGCUUUUACCGACCCCCACAAAUGGCUUUGAUACCCACCACAGUGUCCAUGUCCAGUUCUUGCUAUUCGGACUCCGAUUAUGAAUGGCCUCAUCAGCUUAAACCAAAAAUGCCACUGAUGCCCAAACCCUUGGAUAAAAAUGCUUUAAUGUGUCCUCUGUCAGAUCGGCAUUUGAAGACCUACCAGCCAAUGGAUAAUAUUAAGGGCAAAACUUUGAAAUUGGCACCCAACAUUUUGAAUAAGGGUUAUGCGGAGCCAGAUUUCAAAUGGCCUCAUGCACAUAAUGCUAAAUUCUCAAAAUCUUCACAUUCACAUGCAAAUGCUAUGGAAAUGUAUGCUGUGCCACCACAACCAAUUGCCAAGUAUAGCAAAUCUGAUGAUAAAAUCAAAGAAAAGGACACCAAAAGCAAACUAUUUGCCAAAUUUCAAGUUUUAACACGCUAUGCCAGCAACCAACGUCAGGAGGAUUCCUUUACAUCUUCCUCUAAUUCUAGCAGCAAAUCCAAGGAUAAGGAUUCAUCCACUUUAACGCAAGAGGAUCCGAAAAAGGCGGUGCCGAAUGAGAAAUCGCAGAAAACCAAAGUGACUCGUCAAAAGAAUAAAUUGAUUAUUCAAGACAAGUCCAGAAGCCAAUGA